GCACAAAAUGCAUUUAGGUGCACAAAAGCUAGCUCUGAAGCAAAAAGAAGCGAAACUAGCUGCCGCGUUUCCCAAAGGGAUACAAUGCCAGAAAUGUUUGGAAUAUGGCCACUGGAGCUAUGAGUGCAAGGGUAAGCGCAAGUAUUUGCAUCGAUCAUCCCGCACCCAGGUACUGAAGAAGAAUUUGAACAAAAUCGGUUCAAAAAAUGGUGACUCAGCGGCAGCAAAAAUAACCGCCGAUGGCUCUAAAACCACCACAAAGUCAUCCGGUGGGGAGAAAAAGAAAAACACCGGCCCUGAUACUACAUCCGCCAGCAGUGAUGGGAGCGAUAGUAGCAGCGAAAGCAGCAGCACCAGUAGCAGCGAUUCCGAAAGUAGCAGUAGCAGCAGCGAAUCUACCAGCACCAGCAGUAGUUCCUCUAGCAGCAGCAGCAGCAGUUCCAGUGCAAGCAGCAGUAGUAGUGACGAUGGAGAUUCCUCGUCGGAUGACGGGAAGGUAAAGAAAAAGGCGCGAUCGGCGAAGAAAGAGAAAGCCACAAACGGAAGUCAGAAAGCUGUGGCCGGAAAGCGGACUAAGGAAAGCAACAAAAAAGACAUCACAAAGAAGGGAACAAAGGGCGAGAGUCGAGAUAGUAGUAGUACUAGCAGCAGCAGCAGCAGCAGCAGCAGCAGCGUUAGUAGCAGUUCUUCUAGUGAGGAUUCAUCUGCAUCAGAGCACAAACGGAAGAGAAAACGUCGCAAGGAAGGUGAAUAA